AAAACUGUCAAAUAGUAGAAAGUAGAAGGCCUUUCUUGUAUUGUAUGAUUGUAUGUGUUUGUCAAAAUUUAAGUCAAAUAAUAUUUAGGAUGUGGUAAAUAUCUGAGUACAACGAAACUAAUUAGAUAAUGCCGAAGGAGAAAAAGGCGCCGUGUUGGUUAAAUGUUUGGCUUAAAAUGUCCUGUAAUUUUCCCAAAAGUAUCCCAUAGAUAGACGAAUGAACAUAAACGUAGGAAAAACAUUCUUGGGCGUGCUCAUUCACCUGUCGAAGUUGUGCUUCUCGAAGAAUAAAUGCGGCAGAAACAGCAAAAACGAGCCAUCGCAUAAACGCGAUUUGUACCCGAAACCGUUGGAGAAAAAACCGGAGACGAAAUCGAAUAAACGAUUGCCGGUCGAACAUCCGCCCCCCUUGCAAUUAAUCAGACCGGAACAAUCGUUCAAGCGACAUCGCACGGCGAGAAUUUUUCAACAAUCGAAGAAUUGCAUGCAAUCCGGUACAUUCGACACGAUCGGAUGGAGAUUGCAAUUCGAUCGUCAGGAGGAAUGGGAGAAUCCUUGUAUGGGAUGGUCUUCGAACGCCGAUGGGGUUUCAGGCUUGCAAAUGAAAUUCGCCACAAAGGAACAGGCGAUCGCUUUCUGUCAAAAGCACAAUUGGAAAUGGUACGUGGACGGAAAACAGACGAGGAAGAGACACAAAAUUCGACCGUACGCCGAAAACUAUUCGCAUCGUAGACGAACUCGCGUUAGCACUAAGUGAUUCUACUAGAUAAAUCGAA